GUUUGUGGGCUUCAUUAUGAUUAAAAGUAAAAAGUUGAAAUGAAUAACGAUUAGCUCUUAAACUGCGACAAGAAAAUUAUAUGUCUUUGUUUAAAAGAUUAUGGCUUGUAUAAUUGAAGAAAUGUGGAAACCAAAAUAAGAAAUAAAACCACGCAGUUUGCAGUAAAACACCAAAAACUCUCAAAUCAAUGGAGUUUGAAUCCACAAAUUCAGAUGAACAAUCGAAUAGCAUCUGUAAUGAUCCUUGCCCCACUGACAAUUGCACUAGUCAGUGCGACUCAGAGGUUGAAGAGCAACAUAACUACAUUCUUAAGAAAAAUUUGAAUUCUAAAUUACAUGUGACAGUUAAACAGAAGUCUUCUAAAAAAAAUAAGUGUAACAAAAAAGAUAAAAGAAAUAUUGCAAACUGCAGUAAAGGUAUUUCUUCUCUUAAUAACUUACACUCUUCUGACAAGAAAACUGAAGAUACAAUAAAUACUAAUGGAAAUAUGAAAACACUCAUGGAGACUGAUGAUAUAAAGAGCUUUUCUGUUGAGAAUUUGUCUGAAAAAUUUCAUGUCCCUAGUGACCAGAGUAAAUUUACUUGUGAAGUGUGUGGUUUUAAGACUGUUGAUAAUGACACGCUAAGCAAGCAUGAAUUUUGUGAACAUGACAUAAGCCCUAAGUUAACCUGCGACCUCUGUGAUUUUUCAUGUACUGACUUUGAUGAACUACAAAAACAUGUUACCAGUCAUACCUUGGCCAAAUUACCACAUCAUCAGUGCAAGACCUGUUUGCUUAUUUUUUGGACCAAAUCAGAUUUAAAAAAGCAUGAGCUAGAACACAUAGUCAAACAAGAGACAGAUUUUGAGGAAUGUGAACUAGAAUUAUGUGACUCAUAUAACCUAGAACAACACACAAUAGUUCAUUCUGAAGAGAAGCCAUACACUUGUAAGUUUUGUGAUUUUCAGUGUGAGUUUCCCCACGAUCUGACACAACAUUUGAAGGUGCACCGCAAGGAAAAAACUUUCAACUGUGGGCUGUGUGAAUUUUCAAGCAGUCGGUCAGGUGACAUGACACAACACAUGUACACCCACACUGGAGAGUCACCAUUUAAGUGUGAUUUGUGUGAUUAUUCAUGUGGAAAAAGGGAUCAAUUAAAGGAACACUUGUUACUGACCCAUGGUGAUAAUCCUCUUUCUUGUCCCAUAUGCCAGGCUCAAUUUUCAAACAGGCAGAAUUUAAAGAUGCAUAUGAUGAUACACAGUGAUGAUAAACCAUUUAAGUGUCAUGUAUGUGACUAUUCAUGUAGAAAAAGAACAAACCUCAGGCAACAUAUUAUGAAACAUACGGGUGAGAAGCCUCAUCACUGCGAUGAGUGUAGUUUUUCAUGCAAUACUUCGUACAGUUUGAAGCAGCAUAAACUCUGGCACAAAGGGGAGCUGCCAUUCAUUUGUGCUUUGUGCAGUUUUUCUUGUGGAAAGGCUUCCAGACUACAACAGCAUAUGCGAAUUCAUGAAAAAAACAAAAAACGGGGCCGUCCGAAAGUGUUUCCAGAAUGGAUGCCAACAGAUGGCAUUCAUUCCGACAAACCUUACAAAUGUGACAUUUGUGGUUACUCUUGUAAAAAACUAUGGAAUCUCAAACAGCACAGACUUAAACAUUCUACAGACAGACCUUACAAAUGUGAUGAAUGCACAUUUUCUUGUCUGAACUCUUAUAGUCUUAAACAACACAAGCUCCGACACUCUGGGGACCUUCCUUUUAUAUGCGCAAUAUGUCAGUUUUCAUGUGCUAUAGCCUCACGUUUAAGGCAGCAUAUGCAGAUUCACACAACAGAAAAGAUAUAUUUUAGAAAGUCUAUUAAAUCGGGUAGUAACGAGACAGAUGGAUCCACGGAUUCAAACAGCAUGGACAAUAGUGAUGAAAAAAUAUUCAAGUGUGAGUCAUGCAACUACUCUUGCAAGAAGUCUUGGAAUCUUAAUCGGCAUCGUCAGCGGCAUCUAAAAAAUUCUGCAUUCAUAUGUGAGGAGUGUGGCUUUUGUGCCUCCUCAGGCCCUUCAUUAAAAUGCCACAAACUAAAGCACUCAAAAAAUCUCACAAAGUCAAGUGUAUAAAUAAUAUUUUUUUUUCAUGAAACAGCAUUUGACAAAGCUUGAGAAUAAAACUUUGGUUUCUGUGGGCAUUAAACUUACAUUUAAAAUUUCUUCCAAGACAGCAUUUGUUACUUAAAUCAGGUCUCACUUAAUUUAUUAUUCUCAUUAUUGAAAAGCUUUUCUGGCUAUGAAUAACAUGUCUUUUUAUUUUGUUUAAAA